GAGCUAGGAGUAUUGUAUUUUGUGUCUCAUAUUUGGACAUGGCUCAAUAUCUUCAUCUUGACGAUUCGAAGGCUCUUCAAUGCAGAAUUGAAGCCAGGGCCAAUAAUCUAUUCAUCAAAACAGCAGAGAAGAGCUCUUUCCAAGUCAUCAGACUCUCUAAAUCCGUCAACAAAAGGAAAGGGUCAAGUGUUCCCACUUUUCAGAAGGACUUAAAUGUUUGUGAAGUUUCUCAAGUCAAUCUCCUCAAAGAGAUGGAUGAUGUUUGUCAAAUCUUCAUUGUACGACACGACAGAUGUUGGGCAAGGUUAAACAUCGAGAGAGCGCUGUUCGAGCAUUUCAUCAAUAUUUAUGAAGUCUGCGAAGAGUUUUGGAAGUCCGUAUUUGCGUUUGGCCUAAAGCAGAGAGAGAACGAGUUCGAAUUUCCUAGAUUAAGAAGUAGAAUAAGGAAAACGGUCGACAUUACUGGUUCUUAUGAGCCAAAAGAUUUGAUGUAUGUGAUUCGUCAGGUCGAGUUAAAUGGGCGAGGGGGGACAAACCCUUGGUCUAUCCGCCAGACAGCAGUGUAUCACGGAAGAAGACCCGAUGAAAGUUCUUCACUACCGGUGUCAGUCAAAAGUACGCCCUCGAUGCUCUUGAUCAUUGCACCUACUUCUAAUGCAGAAAUGAGAAUGGCAAGAUAUCUCGAAGAAAGGGCCGCUGAUAAGCGACAAACAUCGUCAUGGAAUUUGCAUAGACUCAUAAUAUCAGAUAGUCUUUCGGGAUGGCCGGACUAUAUGGCGAGUCUUGAAGCGAGACUGAGAGAACAAACAAACUUGAUAAUAUGCGCCACUGAUGAUAUGGAAGAGGAAUCUUCAUCAGAACACGGGAUCGGGUUUGAAUCACGACAAGAACUGAAGGUUCUAGAAGACUUUGUGCUUGACCUUUUGAUGAUCCUUCGAACUAAGGUAGAAACCAUUACUGGACUUCGGGACCAAUGCAGUGAAUAUGCAAAUGAAUUUGGAAAACAGAUGGAAACUGAAGAGAGGGCAUCUCAUCACCUGAUACUAAGAGAAUUCGAUGAAUAUGUGAAGGAUGCGGAGUCAUAUCUGGGUCAUGCGAAAGACUUGAGAGACCGAAUACAAUCAACUAUAACUUUGUUAUCGGAUUUCUUGAAUCACGAAGAGAAUAGAUCAAUGCACCAUUUGGCUGAGAGAAGUACAAAGGAUGCAGCAGCUGUCAAAAUCUUGACCAUAAUCACCCUUAUAUACCUGCCCACUACAAUUGUUGCUAAUUUCUUCUCCACCCAAUUUGUGCAAACUAGCGAUAGUGGUCAUAUGAAAAUAACGGAGAAUUCUUGGAUAUUAGCAGCCGUUUCGGUACCUUUGACAGCUUUCACCAUAAUUCUGUAGUGGGCUUGGGUUUACCUUACUGAAGCGAAGAAAGAGGGACUAGUCUCUGAGAAAUCAGAUUCUGGCCGCCAAGACAGCUUUCGGUCGUUCAUUUCUUCCAGGAAAAAAAGCUUCCGUAAUUAUUCCAUAUCGAGACACCGGCUUAGAAAGUUAGAUAUAGAAGCAGGUAUUACUUCCCAUGUGACAAGCAUGGCCCCACCACCAUCUUUUCGGGAUUCUGGUGCGGGAACUUGGUCAAGUACAGCGACAACUAUCAAGUCAGGCUAAUCACACUUAUCUUGCACUCGUUAUCAGAUACUGAGAUUGCCAUUUGCAAAUUAUAAAGAGGGUUACA